AUGAAAGCCAUGCCCUGGAACUGGACCUGCCUGCUCUCCCACCUCCUCAUGGUGGGCAUGGGCUCCUCCACUCUGCUCACCCGGCAGCCAGCCCCGCUGUCCCAGAAGCAGCGGUCAUUUGUCACAUUCCGAGGGGAGCCCACCGAGGGUUUCAAUCACCUGGUGGUGGAUGAGAGGACAGGACACAUUUACUUGGGGGCUGUCAAUCGGAUUUACAAGCUCUCCAGCGACCUGAAGGUCUUGGUGACACAUGAGACAGGGCCGGACGAGGACAACCCCAAGUGUUACCCACCCCGCAUCGUCCAGACCUGCAAUGAGCCCCUGACCACCACCAACAAUGUCAACAAGAUGCUCCUCAUAGACUACAAAGAGAACAGGCUGAUUGCCUGUGGGAGCCUGUACCAAGGCAUCUGCAAGCUGCUGAGGCUGGAGGACCUCUUCAAGCUGGGGGAGCCUUAUCAUAAGAAGGAGCACUAUCUGUCAGGCGUCAACGAGAGUGGCUCGGUCUUUGGAGUAAUCGUCUCCUAUAGCAACCUGGAUGACAAGUUGUUCAUUGCCACGGCAGUGGAUGGGAAGCCUGAGUAUUUUCCCACCAUCUCUAGCCGGAAACUGACCAAGAACUCUGAGGCAGAUGGCAUGUUCGCGUACGUCUUCCAUGAUGAGUUUGUGGCCUCGAUGAUUAAGAUCCCUUCAGACACCUUCACCAUCAUCCCUGACUUUGACAUCUACUAUGUCUAUGGUUUUAGCAGUGGCAACUUUGUCUACUUUUUGACCCUCCAACCUGAGAUGGUGUCUCCACCAGGUUCCACCACCAAGGAGCAGGUGUAUACAUCCAAGCUCGUGAGGCUUUGCAAGGAGGACACAGCCUUCAACUCCUAUGUAGAGGUGCCCAUUGGCUGUGAGCGCAGCGGGGUGGAGUACCGCCUGCUGCAGGCUGCCUACCUGUCCAAAGCAGGGGCCAUGCUUGGCAGGACCCUUGGAGUCCAUCCAGAUGAUGACCUGCUCUUCACCGUCUUCUCCAAGGGCCAGAAGCGGAAAAUGAAAUCCCUGGAUGAGUCAGCCCUGUGCAUCUUCAUCUUGAAGCAGAUCAAUGAUCGCAUUAAGGAGCGGCUGCAGUCCUGUUACCGGGGCGAGGGCACGCUGGACCUGGCCUGGCUAAAGGUGAAGGACAUCCCCUGCAGCAGUGCGCUCUUAACCAUUGAUGAUAACUUCUGUGGCCUGGACAUGAAUGCCCCUCUGGGAGUGUCCGACAUGGUGCGUGGGAUUCCCGUCUUCACGGAGGACAGGGACCGCAUGACGUCUGUCAUUGCAUAUGUCUACAAGAAUCACUCUCUGGCCUUCGUGGGCACCAAAAGUGGCAAGCUGAAGAAGUGUGUGAUUGACUUAUCUAAUCCAGGGAUGGGCAACGCUCUCCAGUAUGAGACGGUGCAGGUGGUGGAUCCUGGCCCAGUCCUCCGGGAUAUGGCCUUCUCCAAGGACCACGAGCAACUCUACAUCAUGUCAGAGAGGCAGCUCACCAGAGUCCCUGUGGAGUCCUGUGGUCAGUAUCGGAGCUGCGGCGAGUGCCUUGGCUCGGGCGACCCCCACUGUGGCUGGUGUGUGCUACACAACACUUGCACCCGGAAGGAGCGAUGUGAGCGGUCCAAGGAGCCCCGCAGGUUUGCCUCAGAGAUGAAGCAGUGUGUCCGGCUGACGGUCCAUCCCAACAAUAUCUCCGUCUCUCAGUACAACGUGCUGCUGGUCCUGGAGACUUACAAUGUCCCGGAGUUGUCAGCUGGCGUCAACUGCACCUUUGAGGACCUGUCAGAGAUGGAUGGGCUGGUGGUGGGCAAUCAGAUCCAGUGCUACUCCCCUGCAGCCAAGGAGGUGCCCCAGAUCAUCACAGAGAACGGGGACCACCAUGUCGUACAGCUGCAGCUCAAGUCAAAGGAGACUGGCAUGACCUUCGCCAGCACCAGCUUUGUCUUCUACAAUUGCAGCGUCCACAAUUCGUGCCUGUCCUGCGUGGAGAGUCCAUACCGCUGCCACUGGUGUAAAUACCGGCAUGUCUGCACCCAUGACCCCAAGACUUGCUCCUUCCAGGAAGGCCGAGUAAAGCUGCCCGAGGACUGCCCCCAGCUGCUGCGAGUGGACAAGAUCCUGGUGCCUGUGGAGGUGAUCAAGCCUAUCACACUGAAGGCCAAGAACCUCCCCCAGCCCCAGUCUGGGCAGCGUGGCUACGAAUGCAUCCUCAACAUCCAGGGCAGCGAGCAGCGGGUGCCCGCCCUGCGCUUCAACAGCUCCAGCGUACAGUGCCAGAACACCUCUUAUUCUUAUGAAGGGAUGGAGAUCAACAACCUGCCCGUGGAGUUGACAGUCGUGUGGAAUGGGCAUUUCAACAUUGACAACCCAGCUCAGAAUAAAGUUCACCUCUAUAAGUGUGGAGCCAUGCGAGAGAGCUGCGGGCUGUGCCUCAAGGCUGACCCAGACUUCGCAUGUGGCUGGUGCCAGAGUCCAGGCCAGUGUACCCUGCGCCAGCACUGCCCUGCCCAGGAGAGCCGGUGGCUGGAGCUGUCUGGUGCCAACAGCAAGUGCACGAACCCCCGCAUCACAGAGAUAAUCCCAGUGACAGGCCCCCGGGAAGGGGGCACCAAGGUCACUAUCCGAGGGGAGAACCUGGGCCUGGAAUUUCGCGACAUCGCUUCCCAUGUCAAGGUGGCUGGUGUGGAGUGCAGCCCUUUGGUGGAUGGUUACAUCCCUGCAGAACAGAUCGUGUGUGAGAUGGGGGAGGCCAAGCCCAGCCAGCACGCAGGCUUCGUGGAGAUCUGCGUGGCUGUGUGUCGGCCUGAAUUCAUGGCCCGGUCCUCGCAGCUCUAUUACUUCAUGACACUGACUCUCUCAGAUCUGAAGCCCAGCCGGGGGCCCAUGUCCGGGGGGACCCAAGUGACCAUCACAGGCACCAACCUGAAUGCCGGAAGCAAUGUGGUGGUGAUGUUCGGGAAGCAGCCCUGUCUCUUCCACAGGCGAUCUCCAUCCUACAUUGUCUGCAACACCACGUCCUCAGAUGAAGUGCUAGAGAUGAAGGUGUCGGUGCAGGUGGACAGGGCCAAGAUCCACCAGGACCUGGUCUUUCAGUAUGUGGAAGACCCCACCAUCGUGCGGAUUGAACCAGAAUGGAGCAUCGUCAGUGGAAACACACCCAUCGCUGUAUGGGGGACCCACCUGGACCUCAUACAGAACCCCCAGAUCCGUGCCAAGCAUGGAGGGAAGGAGCACAUCAAUAUCUGUGAGGUUCUGAACGCUACUGAGAUGACCUGCCAGGCGCCCGCCCUUGCUUUGGGUCCUGACCACCAGUCAGACCUGACCGAGAGGCCCGAGGAGUUUGGCUUCAUCCUGGACAACGUCCAGUCUCUGCUCAUCCUCAACAAGACCAACUUCACCUACUAUCCCAACCCAGUGUUUGAGGCCUUUGGUCCCUCAGGAAUCCUGGAGCUCAAGCCUGGCACGCCCAUCAUCCUAAAGGGCAAGAACCUGAUCCCGCCUGUGGCUGGGGGCAAUGUGAAGCUGAACUACACUGUGCUGGUUGGGGAGAAGCCGUGCACCGUGACCGUAUCAGAUGUCCAGCUGCUCUGCGAGUCCCCCAACCUCAUCGGCAGGCACAAAGUGAUGGCCCGUGUCGGUGGCAUGGAGUACUCCCCGGGGAUGGUGUACAUCGCCCCGGACAGCCCGCUCAGCCUGCCCGCCAUCGUCAGCAUCGCGGUGGCUGGCGGCCUCCUCAUCAUCUUCAUCGUGGCCGUGCUCAUCGCCUAUAAACGCAAGUCCCGCGAAAGUGACCUCACGCUGAAGCGGCUGCAGAUGCAGAUGGACAACCUGGAGUCCCGUGUGGCCCUGGAGUGCAAGGAAGCCUUUGCCGAGCUCCAGACGGACAUCCAUGAGCUGACCAGUGACCUGGAUGGAGCCGGGAUUCCCUUCCUGGACUACAGAACCUAUACCAUGCGGGUGCUGUUCCCAGGAAUUGAAGACCACCCUGUCCUCCGGGACCUCGAGGUCCCGGGCUACCGGCAGGAGCGUGUGGAGAAAGGCCUGAAGCUCUUCGCGCAGCUCAUCAACAACAAGGUGUUCCUGCUGUCCUUCAUCCGCACGCUCGAGUCCCAGCGUAGCUUCUCCAUGCGCGACCGGGGCAACGUGGCCUCACUCAUCAUGACUGUGCUGCAGAGCAAGCUGGAGUAUGCCACUGAUGUGCUGAAGCAGCUGCUGGCCGACCUCAUAGACAAGAAUCUGGAGAGCAAAAACCACCCCAAGCUGUUGCUCAGGAGGACUGAGUCAGUGGCUGAGAAGAUGCUGACCAAUUGGUUCACUUUCCUCCUCUACAAGUUCCUCAAGGAGUGUGCCGGGGAGCCCCUCUUCUCUCUGUUCUGUGCCAUCAAGCAGCAGAUGGAGAAGGGCCCCAUUGACGCCAUCACGGGUGAGGCCCGCUACUCCUUGAGCGAGGACAAGCUCAUCCGCCAGCAGAUUGACUACAAAACCCUGGUCCUGAGUUGUGUCAGCCCAGACAAUGCCAACAGCCCCGAGGUCCCAGUAAAGAUCCUCAACUGUGAUACCAUCACUCAGGUCAAGGAGAAGAUUCUGGAUGCCAUCUUUAAGAAUGUGCCUUGCUCCCACCGGCCCAAAGCUGCAGAUAUGGAUCUGGAGUGGCGACAAGGAAGUGGGGCAAGGAUGAUCUUGCAGGAUGAAGACAUCACCACCAAGAUUGAGAAUGAUUGGAAACGACUGAACACGCUGGCCCACUACCAGGUGCCAGAUGGUUCCGUGGUGGCAUUAGUGUCCAAGCAGGUGACAGCCUAUAACGCAGUGAACAACUCCACCGUCUCCAGGACCUCAGCGAGUAAAUAUGAAAACAUGAUCCGGUACACGGGCAGCCCUGACAGCCUCCGCUCACGAACACCUAUGAUCACUCCUGACCUGGAGAGUGGAGUCAAGAUGUGGCAUCUAGUGAAGAACCAUGAGCACGGAGACCAGAAGGAGGGGGACCGGGGGAGCAAGAUGGUGUCCGAAAUCUACCUGACCCGACUCCUGGCCACUAAGGGCACACUGCAGAAGUUUGUGGAUGACCUCUUUGAGACCAUCUUCAGCACAGCACACCGUGGCUCUGCCCUGCCCCUGGCCAUCAAGUACAUGUUUGACUUCCUGGAUGAGCAGGCUGAUAAGCAUGGCAUUCAUGACCCACACGUCCGCCAUACCUGGAAGAGCAAUUGCCUGCCCCUGCGGUUUUGGGUCAACAUGAUCAAGAACCCGCAGUUUGUGUUUGACAUCCAUAAAAACAGCAUCACAGACGCCUGCCUCUCUGUGGUGGCUCAGACCUUCAUGGACUCUUGCUCCACGUCAGAGCACCGGCUGGGCAAGGACUCGCCCUCCAACAAGCUGCUGUAUGCCAAGGACAUCCCCAGCUACAAGAACUGGGUGGAGAGGUAUUACUCUGACAUAGGGAAGAUGCCAGCCAUCAGUGACCAAGACAUGAAUGCAUACCUGGCUGAGCAGUCCCGGAUGCACAUGAAUGAGUUCAAUACCAUGAGUGCACUCUCAGAGAUCUUCUCCUAUGUGGGCAAAUACAGCGAAGAGAUCCUUGGGCCUCUGGACCACGAUGACCAGUGUGGGAAGCAGAAACUGGCCUACAAACUAGAACAAGUCAUAACCCUCAUGAGCUUAGACAGCUGAGAACCAUCCUUCCAGGGCCGCCCUGGAGGGGGACACACCAAGCCGUGCCUCAGUCUAGAUUAUCAUCUUUACCAAGUGCAAGUUCCGACUGGCAUCAGCAGCAUCCCCUGAGCAGCGCUGUUUCUUUCUCUCUCUUUCUCUCUGCCUCUUUGUUUCUCCCUCCUUCCUGGAUCUCGUCUCUUCCGGUUGCUCUGCCAACACAAUUGGACCAAGCCACUGACCCUCAGUUAGUCCAAGAAUGACCAGCCCAUGGCAAGGGAACUGACCAGAAGAUGUCAGAGGGGCCACUCUCUCCCAGCUGCUCCUGACCCUGUGCAUGUCAGCAGCAGGAUGAGGAGCCAAGGACAGGGGACGUAUCUGUGCUGCUACAUCGCCUUCCACUUUAGCAGCCGCCGCUUCGGUCUGAGCCUUGGCCUAGAGAAGAGGCAAGGAAGUAGUUCAGUGUUAUCUUCACUGGGAAGACAUCGCCUGGCUCUCCGUUCCCACAGUUCCAUCUCCAGUGGUUCAGCCAGUGGUCUGAUCGCUUUGCAGCUGUGAGAAGAAAAGCCACACCUCCUGCAUGUGGCUGGAGCAGGACAUGUGUGAGCAGCUGGGAGGUGCUCCUUGAGGCUCCCUCUCCCUCGCUGGGAUGGCGUCCAGAGGCUUCCUGUCCUCUUUCAGGUCUCUAGAGGGACCUGCCUGCCCUGCCUGCUCCCCCGCCAGUAGAAAGCCAGGCAGGAGAAAGAAUAGCAGUUACAUUCCACCAUGGAGAUGCUCCUAACCUUUUCAUCUGAAUCCUAGCAGCAGAAAUGUAACACAGUGGGGGAGAAAAGGAAAGAGAGUUGCGUCUACCCUGGAAGCAGAAUUUGUUGUUUUCCAUUUACCCCCAAAUUCAAAUGAGUCACAAUCAUAAUCAUAGGUCUAGUCCAUUACCAGAGCCCUGAGUGCUGUCAAGAGAAAGCAUCUAUCUCCACCCUCCUUUGUCACCCUUCAUCAAGGGUCAACAUGAAAUGCAGAGUGCAUCUAGGAGAUUCUACCUCCAGCCAUCUCCAUGGCUCCAUCCCCACCAUCCUUCCUGAGAACUCCAUAGACAGCUGGGGCCAACAGCCUAGUCCCUGUUCCCUCUGCAGAAUCUGGUGCCAUUGCUAUGCAGAUGACUUUGUCACUGGGCUGUCCAAACCUCUUUGGGAAUGAUUUCAUCAAUAUCUCAGCUGUCUCUUUCAUCAUUCUCCUUCCUCAUCUCUUCAGCAGUCAUCCUUGAAAGAAACAGACUUAAGCACAGCCUCACAGAGACCACCCAAAAUGCCAGCCAACCUCAGCCUCCAGCUUGUCAGGUCUGGGAGGGACAAAGAAUCGAGCCGAUGGGCCUGGCUGGAAUUGAGAAGAGGGACAUACAAAUGACCUCGGCCUUGGCAUCCGUCUCCCCAUCUGUUCUUACAUCUACAGAUGCACCAUUUUAGCCAGGCAGGAAAAUGUGUGCCUAGAAAUGGAUACUAGGUAAGUUAGAGGAUAUGGGGAGAAAUGGUCUAAUGGAGGGUUUUAGGAACCUUACAUCCGAAGGAGACCUUAGGUGCUGUCUGGUCCGGUCUCCCACCCUAAGCAGGAGUCUCUGUUGGCACCUCUGCUCUGGAGUUGUUCACCACUAUGGGAGAUAAGGAGAAACGUCAUCUUAGGUGAGGUUAAGGAGAAGGAUUCACAGUCUUGCCUUCACUCCCCAAACAUCAGACAUCGUUCCUUGUCACCCACUCAGAAUGAGCCCCACUUGGGGAAGAAACCACACCAUCUCCAGCAAAGUCCAUGGCGCAUCCGGUACUUUUAAGAACACUUGCCCCUUUGGAUAUGAAUAUGUGCACAUGUGUGUGAGCGCAUGUGCAUGCGUGUGUGUGUCUGCCCCAGGUGUAGGCAGAAAGCGCAAAAGGAUUCCUUGUCCUUUGUAGGGGGAUUUUUGGUGUUCCUCUUCUCUUUCCCCUUGCUCAUCCAUUCAUCCUGCAGCUUCAGGACAUUUCAACCCUUGCUUUCUAUGCUGAGAACUGGUGGGUGGAAGGAGCGGUCACUUGUCCGUAGGAAAUCAGGGUGGUCACCUGCCGAGGCCUGGACCUUGGCACAGGGCAUCAUGUGACAUUGCAAAGGACAGAUGGUGGAAAAGACACGAGCAACCUAACGGGAAGAGGAAAAUGGGAAACAAUGCAUUGGAAGAGGAAGAAAAAAAAUAACCAAAGGUUUUGGCAAGUGCGGUACCAGGUGGAGAAGCUUGGAUUUUUCUAUCCUUGAUCAUUUUAUUCCCUCCCAAGAAGUUAUGGGGCCUGGAAGGCCAGAAAGGGUGCAGGUGGAAGACGGUCUGAGGAAGUACCUCAGUCACUAAAAUAUUUUUGCACAUAUGAAGGGUUGGGGAGGAAAGACACACGAACAUAUUUAACACAGAUUUGCUGGAUGGAAGCUGCGUGUGUGAACGUGUGUAUGAGUGAGUGCGUUUUUUUGUUUUGUUUUUUUGCACAGUUGAGAAAAAAACAAGCAGAAAAAGACUCAUAAUGGUUCUGCUGAAGCUUUUAUUUUUUACCAGAUGAUUAUUGUUAUUGUUACUUUCGCGGUACAGGACUUUUUUUUUCCAUGUUUUUGUUAUAAGAAAACCUUCAAACACCUCAGAGAAAUAGAAAGGUUAGGAAGAAAGAGGAGACAAGGACAGACAAGUUUUCUGGCUGUCCCCACUUCUCCUGGGGAGGGGUUUGGGACCUGUUUGACUUUAAUUGGUGGGUGGGUUGUUUCAGUCGCUCUGUUUGCCACAGUCCCCGUGGCCUGCUUGGGGACUGAGAAAUCCGAGCCAGGUAUCCAGAGCCACAGCCCAUCUUGCCUAUAAAAAUUAUGUUUUCUUUUGUUGUUUUCCA